UUUACCGAGACACCUAAACUGAACACAGCCAUCAUUAAAGUCAUUAAUUACUCACGUGCUGCUCUCGUUAAGACGAGUCAAAAUGCCUACUAAAUGUUACAACAGUCAUAUAUCAAAUGCUCACGAGACUUUUCGACCAGUUGACGACAGAAAGGCCUGUAGCAGUACUACGCACAUCCUGGAGGAACAAAGUCCUUGUGACAGCAGCAGUCAAUGUGCAGGUGAUGUCGUGGAGCGUGGGUUUAGGCGGCAGGAUGACAUUUGCCAAGCUCCUCCUUCCCUUUCUCAUUCUCCACUCUUUCUGUGAAGGCUCCAACCAGCCACCACGUUUCCUGAACUACUUCUUCUCGACCUACCUUCUCAUCUAUGAAGAUAUGCCCAUUGGUUCAUCAGUGGCCCAGCUGAAGGCAAUGGAUCCUGAGGGGGAACCCCUCGUGUACGGUGUUUCAGGAGAAGAGGCCAUGAGGUAUUUUUCAGUGAACCACGACACUGGCAUUGUCUGGCUUCGACAGCAGCUCGACCGUGAAACCAAGUCAGAGAUGCAGGUCGAAUUCUACGUGAGUGACAUUCAAGAGGUGGUCAAAGACACGGUAAACAUCCAGAUUGGAGACGUGAACGAUAAUGCACCAACCUUCCAUGGUCAGCCUUACACCGUCCAUAUCCCAGAGAACACACCAGUGGGCAGAUCCGUGUUCAUGGUGAACGCCACAGAUCCAGACCAGGGCACCGGAGGCAGCGUUCUCUUCUCUUUCCAGCCGCCUUCUCCGUUCUUUUCCAUCGAUGGGGCCCGAGGCACCGUCACCGUCAUCCGACCUCUGGACUAUGAAACAACCUCAGCCUAUCAGCUCACCGUCAACGCCACGGAUCAAGACAAAGUUAGACCUCUGUCCCGGCUUGCCAACUUAGCUAUAACGAUCACUGAUGUCCAGGACAUGGACCCCAUUUUCACCAACCUGCCCUACAGUACCAACAUAGAAGAGGACGUUCCCCUGGGAUACGAAGUGCGGAAGAUAACAGCCAUUGACCAGGAUCUUGGCCGACCGAGAGGCAUCGGCUACACCAUCAUCUCAGGGAACACCAACAGCGUUUUUGCACUGGACUACAUCAGCGGGUCUCUGACAGUGAACGGCCAGCUGGACAGAGAAAACCCACUCUACUCAGCAGGAUUCACUCUCACUGUCAAGGCCACAGAGUUGAAAGAUGAUCGCAGUCCAUCAGAUGCAACAGUGAUGACCACCUUCACCAUUCUGCUAAUUGACAAGAAUGACAAUGCCCCCAAGUUCAACAGCUCUGAGUAUCGAGUCCGCAUCACUGAACUGGCCCAGGUGGGCUUUGCUCUGCCCCUCUUCAUCCAGGCCGAAGACAAGGACGAGGGGGUGAACAGCAUGUUCCAGGUGUUUCUGACAGGAAACAAUUCAGAGUACUUCACCCUCUCCCCCACAGCGGUACAGGGCCGUGCUGACAUCAGGAUGAGGGUGGCCAUGCCACUGGACUACGAACAGAUCCGCAGCUUCAGCUUCUCUCUCUAUGCCAAUGAGUCCAUGUCCGACCAUGUGGGAUUUGCCCGAGUCUUCAUUGAGCUAAUCAAUGAGAAUGAUAACCGGCCCAUCUUCAGCAGACCGCUGUACAACAUCAGCCUUCCUGAAAACACACCCCCUGGUACCUCACUGCUACGUGUCCUGGCUACAGACGGAGAUGCAGGCACAUUUGGGAUUGUGCGUUACUACUUCACUGAUGACCCAGACCAGUUUUCAUUGGAUGAUGAGACAGGCUGGGUCAUCCUGAGGGCGAGUCUGGACUACGAGUUGAUGCGGCGUUUCACGCUGACCGUGCUGGCGAGGGACGGCGGCGGCGAGGAGACAACGGGGAGGAUCCGAGUGAACGUGUUGGACGUCAACGACAACACACCGCUCUUCCAGAAGGAGGCGUACGCGGGCUCGCUGAGAGAGAACGAACAGGCUGUCCAGCCGGUGGCACGAGUCAGGGCUACAGAUGAGGAUUCUCCUCCCAACAACUUCCUGACUUACACCAUCACUUCAGCCACGGCCUUCCUCGAUUAUUUCAGCAUCAUCAUGGUGGAGGGUUACGCAGUGAUCAGUGUGACCCGGCCUCUGGACUACGAGCAGGUUCCCAGAGGGAUGAUCUACUUGACAGUAAUGGCCAAAGAUGGAGGAAACCCAGCCCUCAACAGCACCGUCCGUGUCACGGUGGAGGUGAUUGAUGAAAAUGACAACCCACCAGAGUUCAGCAAGCCGUCCUACAUCGUCAAAAUCCCAGAGAACAUUAUUGCUGGGGCAACUGUGCUGCUUGUGAAUGCUACUGAUUUGGACGCCUCCCGGGAGUUUGGCCAGGCCUCACUCAUCUACUCCCUGGAGGGCUCCUCUCAGUUCCGUCUCAACUCACGCUCAGGAGAGAUCACCACCACCGCCCUGCUGGACCGAGAACUGAAGUCGGAGUAUAUACUGAUAGUCAGAGCUGUGGAUGGAGGGGUGGGCCCUCAGCAGAAGACUGGCAUCGCCACGGUGAACAUAACCAUCCUGGACAUCAAUGACAACGCCCCUGUGUGGAGGGACGAGCCGUACCAUGCUAACGUGGUGGAGAUGAGCCCAAUAAACACUGAUGUUAUCUCGGUGUUGGCAGUGGACCCUGACAAUUGGGAAAAUGGGACAGUGGUGUACAGUAUCAGCCCAGAAAACCCCUUCUACACCAUCAACAGCAGCACGGGGAAGAUUCGCACCAGUGGGGUAACCCUGGACAGGGAAAGCUCCAACGCCAGGGACGCUGCACUCAUGAGGACCAUUAUCAUCUCAGCCGUCGACCGCGGUACGCCUCCACUGCGUGCAUCAGCAAGCACCACAGUGUUUGUCAACCUGCUGGAUCUCAAUGACAAUGACCCGACCUUCCUCAACCUGCCCUUUGUGGCUGAGGUGCCAGAGGGACUGCCCAUCGGAUCCUCUGUGUUUAAGGUCCAGGUGGAGGACCCAGAUGAGGAUAAGAACGGUCUGAUUACAAUGGCAUUACAGAUGGGAAUGCCUCGCCUCGACUUCUACCUGAACACCACCACUGGUAUCCUCUCCUCCACGGCAGUCCUGGAUCGUGAGCAGAUAGGACAGUACCAUUUGAGGAUUAUAGCCUACGAUGCUGGAAAGUUCCCCCGCACGUCCACCUCCACCCUCACUGUCACAGUUCUGGAUGUAAAUGAUGAGACGCCCACCUUCAACCCCCGCGUGUACAAUGUUUCCCUGAAGGAGAGUGUCCCUAGAGACCACAUUGUAACGCGCCUCAGCUGCUCAGACAACGACGCUGGUCUCAACGCCGAGCUUAGCUACUUCAUCACAGGUGGUAAUCAGGAUGGUAAAUUCAGCGUGGGCUUCAGAGACGGAGUUGUUCGGACUGUGGUUGGCCUAGACAGAGAGACCCAGGCCGCAUACACUCUGGUGGUAGAAGCUAUAGACAACGGUCCAGCAGGCAGCCGGAGGACAGGCACAGCCACUGUAUUUGUCGAGGUGCAGGAUGUUAACGACAACAGACCCAUCUUCCUCCAAAACAGCUAUGAGACCAGCAUACUGGAGAGCGUGCCUCAAGGAACCAGCAUCCUACAGGUUCAAGCUACAGAUGCAGACCAGGGGGAGAACGGCCGAGUUCUGUACAGGAUCCUCACUGGGAACAGCAACAAUCUGUUCAGCAUAGACAGACAGACCGGGCUGGUGACGAGAGGCCUCAGGGCUCUGGACAGAGAAACCAGCAGCUCCCAUGUGUUGGAAGUGGAGGCCUACAACAGUGACGAGGGCAGCAUGAGGAGCUCAGUGAGGGUGAUCGUAUAUGUGGAUGAUGCCAACGACGAGGUGCCAGUGUUCACCCAGCAACAGUACAACCGUCUGGGCCUCAGGGAGACGGCUGGAAUUGGAACCUCUGUGAUUGUGGUGCGAGCCACAGACCCUGACACUGGUGAUGGUGGAGCUGUCGCUUACGCCCUUGUGUCUGGCUCAGACCGCAAGUUUGAGGUGGACGUAAGCACUGGCCUGGUAACCACUGUGGACUACCUGGACUACGAGACCAAGACCACCUAUCUGAUGAACGUUUCAGCCACAGACCAGGCUCCACCUUUCCACAGAGGUUUCUGCACCGUCUACGUCACGUUACUUAAUGAGCUGGAUGAGGCUGUGGCCUUCUUCUCCGCCGGCUACGAGGCUUCGCUGCGUGAGAACAUCGCCACGGGGACCGAGGUGGUCCAGGUGCAGGCCCAGUCGGCUGACAACUUGAACCAGCUGACUUACCGCUUCGACCCUGAUACGUCGCCUGCAGCUCUGGCCCUCUUCAAGAUUGACAGCGUCACGGGUCGUAUCACAGUGACAGGCCUGCUGGACAGAGAGAAGGGGGAUAUGUACACCUUGACUGUUGUAGCUGAUGAUGGAGGACCUAAAAAGGACUCCACUGUGAAAACUUAAUGGCAUUCCUCUUUUAUUCAUUGCUUCUCUCAUUGGGAGUACAGAAGGUUUCAAUCACCAUUCUGGAUGAGAAUGACAACAGUCCAGAGUUUGACAUCACAUCUGAUACUGCAGUGGACAUCCCAGAAAAC